CUUAACAUGAUAUACUGAGCCUGCAGGUCACCGGCGUCCUCGCCAAGGUGGAAUGUUUUGCGUAUAAGUAAUGUGGAGAGCUAUAAUUCUCGCGACCCAGCCUCCUCUAGGAUGUACUUCUCUGGCUUCGCUGCACUUCUAUUCUCAGGAGCUGCGUCCGCCGUUGCACACGCUGAGCAAGCCAAGCGUGACGCAAGCCAGCCCUACUUCGAUAUCUAUCAAGGUCCGAAUGAGCAAGAUUCUAUUAUCAAUGAUCCUUCUACUCAACUCGACUACACCCUGUCUGGGGGAGAGGCAUAUCCCAACCCGUACAUGUCCGACAGACUAGGAACGACUGGGCCUAUUCUAAUUUCGUCCACCAACCUGAUUGAAUCACUGGCUCAUUUUGUCCGUGAGAGAGUGCCUGAGCGCACCGUCCAUGCAAAAGGCGCAGGUGCCCAUGGUUGGUUUGAAGUAACCACACCUGUGGCUGCGAACUACUCGAUGGCGAAAGUCUUCUCGGAGGUUGGCAAGCGUACCCCGGUUACUGCCCGAUUUUCUACAAUUGCCGGUAAUUUGGGCAAUGCGGAUUCUGUUCGAGACCUGCGAGGGCUCGCCUUUAAGUUGCGCACAGAAGACGGAAUCUUGGACUGGCCCUUCUUAAACCACCCUGUUUUCUGGCUUCGCGAUCCAGCGAAAUUCCCUCACUUCAUUCAUUCUCAGAAACGUAAUCCUCAGACAAAUCUUUUGGAUCACAAUAACUUUUGGGAUUACCUUUCCGCGAAUAAUGAAUCAAUUUACCAGGUCAUGCGUACCAUGUCUGACCUCGGGACCCCUUAUGGUUUCAGGCAUAUGAAUGGCUUCAGUGGCAACACAUUCCGCGCCGUGAAGGAAAAUGACACGUGGGUUUAUAUCAAAACUACCGCAAUAUCGGAUCAAGGCAUCAGGAACAAUACUAAUAGUGAGGCCAUCGUGCAAGCUGGCGUGAACCCCGACUUUGGCGUCCAAGAUCUUUAUGACGCCAUUGCAGCUGGAAAUUACCCCAGCUGGACAAUCUACUGGCAAACUAUGACACCUCAGCAAGCCGAGAAUUAUAAAUACAACAUCCUAGACCUGACCAAAGAGUGGCUCGUAGAAGAUGUGCCUCUGCAGGAAAUUGGUCGGAUCACCCUUGUUCAGAACCCGACUAAUCAUUUCACAGAGGUCGAGCAAAUCGGUUUUGACCCCGCCAACAUGCCUUAUGGUCUCGAGCCUAGCGAGGAUCCCACGCUGCAAGCACGAUUGUUCGCUUACGCUGAUGCCCAGCGAUACCGCACUGGAAUUAACAGCAAACAGCUCCCAAUCAACUGUCCUCUCAAUCCCGUCGCGAACUUCUUGCGUGAUGGUGCCAUGAGCUUCAACAACCAGGGAAAUCGCCCGAACUUUUGGUCGCAGCAAGAUUUUCUUUCGCUUGCUCCUCGGCCCUAUAAUGACGACAAUCACACCAUUUGGACUGGCGGUGCCGUCAAGUACCUCAGCACACCCACUGAGGCAGAUUUCGAUCUUCCCAGGAUUUUCUGGAAUGGUCUAUCUGAACGUGAUCAAAACAACCUGAUUUACAAUGUCGUCUGGCAUCUUGGUCAGGCCAGCGACAUGGCCAUCCGCACCAAGCAGUGCCAGAUCUUCUACCAUGUGAAUGCGACCCUGGGUGAAGCUAUUGCGAAGGGAGUGAAUGUCACGCUUUAGAUACAAAACCACAAAAUAAUGGGCUUUCCGUCUUUAAAGAUGUAUUUACAUAACUCCGCUUCCAAGUCAUACAAGUUUCGACGGACUCGCAUGCACUCGUGCAUUGAGAAUAUGGUUACUUUCA